CAGGCAGGACUGAGGUCGCCAUUCCUAACACCUAGUCUCUUUUCUCUCGAUCUGCUUUGGGCCAUAUAACUUUCUAGCAAUAAACAACUUGCGGAACUGGAGAAAAAAAAAGUUUGAUAAUUACUCUUCUAAUUUCCAAAAAAGAUAUCAAGUCUGGGUUGCGCUCGCGGGCCUGAAGCAAAGCGCUGCUUACCAAUCGCUGCGGUCUAAAGUCUUAACCGAUUUCCAGCCUAGUUUUCCAACUACCGAAUCGGCCAGGGCAUGCUAUUCCUCCAGGAUCGAAAACCCUAUCUCUAAACGGUGUUGCCGUACUCCCAACUCGAGUGCCAGGCCGCCGUCUAGAAGGAGCAAAAAAAAAAAAACGUUAGGAGCUUAGGGUCCUAUCGUGUAUCCUCCUUAGGCUGCAUCCAUGCAAACCCUUACUUAUCGUGCUGAGCAGUUGAAUUUUCCACUCGGCCAUCGCCGAGGUAUAUCGAAUCUGGCGAACUUCGCUCUAGACCUGUCCUGGGCCAGAGCAGAGACGGAUUGUGCUCUCAGUAGCACAAGGGCGUAUCCCUCUCCGCCCAUGUCAGGGUCUCCACCACCACUCCCGCCCAAGCCAAACCCAGAGGUCGGUGAUCGAGGUCAGGGAGGCUACCAGCCUGUUAGUCAUGAUGCGUAUCGCCCAAGCUCGACAGUUCCAGGAGGCGAGUAUCGAGCACCACCCCCGCAACCACCACUGUUACCACCAACUACCAGCGCUCAUAGAGCCUAUCCCCCAGAGGGCUCGGAACGGAUGCCAUAUCCAACCUACCAUCGCCCAGACGAAACGAUGGGACGACCGAUGUCCUACACGCAGCCGCUACCGGGCCCGAUGGCUCCCCAGCCUCAGUAUCCGCUUCCACCCGUAGUUGGGCCAAGCCUCGGACCAUCACCUUACGCAAUGCCGGGCAACCCAGCAGGAGCCGAGAAUCCGCCAUUUACCUCUCCCAAGUCCCAGAGGAAAACCAAAGGCCAUGUAGCUUCGGCAUGUGUGCCCUGCAAAAGAGCACAUCUAAGAUGUGAUGCCCAGCGGCCCUGUUCCCGAUGCCUGAGCAACGGCAAGGAAGAUUCGUGCGUCGAUGUUCAACAUAAGAAGCGCGGCCGACCUCGAUUGCGCGACGAUAACCAGCCCCGAUUUGAUGCUGGGGCGAGAUUCCCUCAUCCUGCCGAUCCUUCGAUACGACGACCAGUCUCCCUCUACUCCCCGAUGAGCGCGGUUUCUGCCUCCUCAUAUGAAGACCCUCUUCGAAGAAGUCAUUCUUAUCGGGUGUUGAAAUCCCAGCCGAGCGACCCCAUCGCACCUAGAUUUAUCGAACGUGGAUCGGUUUCAGACGCAAACAUCUACCCCACCCCCUUAUCCAUACCCUCACGUGCACCAGAACCAGUAGCAUUCCUAACAACUGAUUUGGAGAUUUCGAAGGCGUCAAGCACUUUCGUUGAAGCGGUGGGAUCCCGGAUGAUCUUAGGUCGAAGAUUGUUGGAGAUUGUCAACCCAACUGAGCGGGAUAGGGUUGUCGCACUUCAGAGGUCUCUGCAAGAUGAGCAAGCUAGGAAGGAACCGAAUUAUCUUCCGCCGAUCUUUGGAAAGCAGGAGGCCGACAGAGUAAUACAGGCUUUGCCCUUUAGCCCAGAAUCGAUAUCGAGGUUCCAACUAGAUCGCCAGGAUUUCUUCACAUUCAUUUCCGGAGAUGGUCAGCUACGACCGUACCCGAUUCGCAUCGGGCUCGCAAAGGAGGACUCGAUAUACUUCGUCGUGUUGCUGAUACGUCCGGUCCAGGCAUUCCCACAUCCUUCGCCCUCUCCUCAUGCUCGAGAAUUUUCAUAUUCUUUCCAGCCUCAGCCAUAUACGCAGCUGACCCCUGUUUCCGGCUCGUUCGAUCCCGGGCGACCACGAUUCGGGGAAUCACCUCGGGAGGGGGGCUAUACGCCACGACAACCACCAACACCCGCACCCCUAGCCUCGGGCCUUACCCCUGGUGUGAACCCGAACGUCCCCUCUUAUUCUGCUGCUGGACCCGUGAGAAUAGAACCUCAGCCUGGUCCUUCUCAUCAUAUUCCAAGGAGCGAGCUUUCCAUGGCUAGACCGCCUCAGCAAGUGGAAUAUCAACUGCCUCCCAUCCGUGGACCGGGACAGCCCGGUCCCUCAGGAGAAGCGCCCGGUUGGCCGCGGGAUGACCGAUCAGGACGUGUCGACAUCGGUGGAUUAAUAGAAAAGCCCGACCCUUCAAGACGAGGGCGGUAGCGUUCGGUCGACAUUGGAAGAACAUGAAGGCCCAUGGCUAUGGGUAAUUCCGGCAGUUCUUUGCGAGCCAGUCGCUUUCGAUAUCUACUCGCAAGAUUAAUGUUUUAUACCACAC